AUGUUUACAGGUGCAGCGGCUGUGAAGUGUGCUUUAGGGUUUGAUUCUCCACCUGUGCGAAGGGUCUCGGUCGAUGAGCGUUUACAAGAAUUCAAGAGCCGGAGGCAGGCGGCGGGCGGAGGAGGGGGCACCCCGGGCAGCCCACCCCGGCAGCUUCCCAGCCCUGCACCCCCGGAUCCGCCGGAUCUCUUUGGAAGCAUUCUAAGGAAGCUCAACUGCUACCUUUUCCCUGAACAAUCUUCUCCCUGUUCAUUGCCUGUUAGAUUGCAGAAGGGUAAAAGUAGGCAAGAUCUUUUACCUCCAAUUGGCUUAGGUGUAUUGCCUGAUGCCUUAUUAUCUGUUCUGUCAGUGUUUUUCAGGAAGAUCUUCGUCUUGCAGCUGGUAGGGCUGGUGCUAACCUACAAUUUCAUUGACUGUGACUUUGAGAAGAUUAGAUGGAAGUAUCAGGAAGUCAUUUACCAAGCCCUGGAGAAAUACAUGGAUGGGACCAGGAGCACGGAGUUCAGCCACCCCGUGUACUGCGCGGACCCGCCCGACUGCCUGGCCAGGAUCGAGCGGCUCACCCUGCACCGCAUCCGCGGCUGCGCGUCGGGCGCCCGGGAGGCCUUCGCCGAGGGGACGGUCGCCGCGCUCGCCGCCGAGUGCCCGGGCUACGCCGCAGCGCCGAUAAAUAAUACCCAGGCAAAGAAGAAAAGAAAAAAAAGAGGAGUCACAACAAAUAAAUGCCGGGAACAAGUCGCACACUUAAUAGGGCUGUGGCGUCGUUUCAGUCGCAUUUCAUAGAAACAAAAUACACCUUCCUUAAGGCUAUAUUUCACAGCAACAGAAUAAAUCAUCUUUUAUUAGGUAGAUGUAAUGUUAACUCUAACUGUGACACCUAAAAGACCACCGAUGUUUAUUUUUUCAUUGCGGUAGGGUUUCUUAACUUAUUUUUGUAAGCUUUUAUUGUUUGAUGUACACAUAUAAGGCAGGGGAAAUACUAUCCCUCAAAUGGAGGGGGAGACUCUUAUAGGGGUGAUGCCUGGGGCACUGUGUGUAGUAAUUUUCGGCUGCAACUGCAAAAGCCUUUACUUCAAGGGAAGAACCUAAAUGUGUAGUAGGAGGGGAAAGGAGAAGGUCAAGGAAGGAAAAGCUUGUAGACCUCUGUUUAUAAAGGCAGGUGCUGCUUCUACAUGUACUGAUGCUUCUCGUGUUCUCAUUCCAAAAGUAUACAAAAGAAGAAAAUAAAAGCAAAAGGGGUGCACAAAAAAGUUGUAUGUUAUAAUGAAGCAAUUUGUAAGAAUUUCCAAGCAAAAUAUUGUGGGCAUAUUGUAAAUCAAGUUCUAAAAAUUAUCUGACAAGAGUGAUAUGCAAGUAGAUCCUGAAGAAGUGCCUUUGUUAAAGCUAAAAUAUAUAUAUUUUUAAAUUUAUGGAAUAUAUUUUUAACUUAUUUGUAAGCACUUUUUAAAAUGUACAUAUUACUUUGUAAUUGACACUACAUAUUUCUUAAUAAAACAGUUCUCAAAUUA